AUCAUUUUCAUUCAAGUCUUUUAAAUUAUGUGCAAAAAGUCCAACAAGGACAUUAUAAUUACUGUACAAUUAUGCCUAUUCGCUUUUUUUUUUCUACAUUAGCCGUAAUUGAGUUUUAUCACCAAUCCAAGCUCAGCCUAGGCUAUUCUGUUACUGAAGGUGACAGCCUUGCUUUAAAUUGCUCUUCAAAUUAUCCAUUUGGUGCCUCUUACACUUGGAAACACGAAGAGUCUGAUAAAGUUGUUGCUAGCGGAAUCAUCAUGAACGACACAAAUAUAACCUGUACCGAAGCUGGACACUACGUUUGCACUCUUAAUCCUGACAACGAAAGAAAUUCUACUAACGUCAAAACCAAUGUAUAUGUGUCAUGUCUUCCACGCCAACCAGUCAACAUAAGUGUUCUUAAGUUGACUAGAAACAAAAUCAUUUUUGAGUGGAGUCCAUCACUAGGUUCUGAGAACCAGACACAAUAUAUAGUUGAAUGGAAAAACACUGACAGGGAAAUAAUUGGGAACCAAACAUUGCCAGUUCCUGAUAAAUCUCCACCAUUUUGCUUUACCAUUGAAGACUUGGAUAUAAGCGCUCUGUCUAUGAUUGGUAUAUAUGGUAAAAAUGAAAAGGGAAAAACUGAAUCUGUUAUAAUUUAUACCAGCUCAAAGACCACUGAUUCGCCUGCAUAUACAAGCGAAGAGAAUUCAACGACUUUGUUAGUCUCGGUAAUAUCUGGCACAUUCACUACAGUUUUUCUGUGCAUAAUAGUAGCAGUAGUAGUUUGUAAAACGACUAAAAAAGAAGGCACUAACAUUGGAAAUCUCAAUAUCGAGUAA